GCCAUCUCGAAAUACCUGUGUUAUUGCAAACUGAUAAGAUAAGACGUAAUACUCGAUGUUCAAGCCACUCAGUUUGUUUUUUGUGUAAAGCAAUUAAAUAAAACAAUUUCUACAGAGAUAGCUGUUUCAAUGUUUUAUUUUCCUUCUAAAAAAACUACAAUUUUCAUAAUUUUCUUUUAAGCAUAAUUUUGAGUAAGCACAAGUCAUUUAAUAUUAUAAUUUUGUAGGAAAUGUCAGAAAUCGAUUGGUGAUGAAAAUCAUAAAAGAAAUGAUUUAGAAAAAGUGAAAAUACAUUUGAAAAAAUGGAUGCAAGUACAAUAAAUUUGCUAAGAAAUGGUUCAGAAUCUGAAGUGGAAGAAAUACUGAGGAAAUUCAAUGAACAGAAUGCCAAGACAUUUACAUUUUCUGACCUCAGUGAUGAUUUGAAAGAGAAAAUUGCUGAAAGCCUACUAAAGCACAUGACACAGAAGUUGUCCCCUAGAGCCCAAUGUCUUUGCCUGCAGACGAUUCGAUUGUUCAGCAGAGAAAAGACACGCUUGGGAUCCCUUGUGUCAGAUGACACUCUUGCAGUUCUCAUGCGCCUUGCAGGUCUGGAACAUUACUCAAGACAGGGUGAAGAAGAGAGUGGGAUAACAAUACAACUGGGAGACUCCGAGGUGACCAUAGAGGCCCAGAAGUGUCUGUGUAACCUGAUCUUCAACAGUGCACAGGCCCAGGCUGCAUGCAGCAAAAAUGGGUGUGUGGAAGGAAUCGUUCAACGACUUAAAACUUACAAAGAUCCAGAUCUCCAGUUUGACAUCAAAUUUUUCGACAUGAGGUUGCUGUUCCUACUCACAGCGUUGUGUGCAGACACCCGACCCAAGAUUCGUUUCGAGCUUCACGGUUUCACGUACAUGAUUGAGGUGAUCGACCUGAUUGUACGUGAGGCAGAGAGCCGCAGUGAGGGCCUCACUGACCAGGAGGUUGACUUGUGCUCGGAGAUCCUCAAAAUUCUCUUUAACCUCACUGUAACCGUCGACAGGAACAACCUAGAUGAAGAAGAGGAUGCCCACAUGAUGAGGCUGGUUUGUGUACUGCGGGACCUUCUGCUCUGUACAACCGCAUCAAAGGACAAGCGUGAGGGCAUUCUCAGCCACACAGUGAACCUAUUGAUCAACAUGCCACGCGAUUGUUACGAGGAGUUGCUAGCCCCGAUGAGUGAGGGUGAGAUGGGAGGGUUCGAAAACAAGGAAGUGGAGUAUGAUGGGAAAAAUAUGGAGGCCAUCGUCAUCCUCCUUAACUUCCUCCAUGACCGGAUGGACCGGGUAUGGGAUGAACCCACCAAGUCAUUGAAGGAGAGUUUGACACCAAUACUUCAUUGCCUGUGUGAAACAUGCCGGGCUAACAGAUCCAUUCGCAAGUUUUGCAGAGCAAAGGUGCUGCCCCCAUUAAAAGAUGAAGUGAAGCAUUUACCAGAGGAGGGGAAUACUCUCAGAAACAGGCUGUGCAAGUUACUGACAUCACCAAUCCUGGAAGUCAAGGAGCUGGCUGCUGACUUCCUCUUUGUUUUGUGUAAAGAAAGUGUUCAGCGUAUGGUGAAGUACACAGGAUAUGGAAACUGUGCAGGGCUUUUGGCAAAUCGCGGCCUGCUGUUGGGAGGCCAAGGGCAGGGAGACUACUCUAGUGACUCAGAAGACUCUGAUACAGAAGAUUACUCUAACCUGGCAGAGAACACUCCCUGUUUCAGGGUAAAUCCUGUCACUGGACGGUUUGAGGAAGACAAGGCGAAACCUUGGGAAGGAAUGACAGAUGAACAGAAGGAGUAUGAAGCUAUGAAGCUGGUUAAUGCAAUGGACAAACUGAAUAGGGCGGGAAUUAUCCAGCCAAGCACGUUGGGUGAAGACGGAAGGCCGGUCCCCGUCUCGCACAUUCUGGAGCUUAUGGAGAACCAGCCAAACAUUCCAGCAAACCAGUCUGAUGAGGAGGAUGAAUAAACCAAUCUGAUUGAGAUGAAUUAACCAGUCAGGUUCAUAUGAGGAUGAUGACCAUACUAUUUAGCUUUAUAUGACUAAACCAGUCAGUUUCAUAUGAGAAUGAUUGGUAAUCAGUCAGUUCCAUAUAAUGAUGAUGAUUGGUAAUCAGUCAAUUUCAUAUGAGGAUAAUGGCUAGCCAAUCAGCUUAAUAUAAUAUUGAUAAAUUAACCAGUCAGCUUCAUAUGAAAACAAUGACUGAAACAGUCUGCUUCAUAGACAACCCAAACUCCACACAGCGGUUACCUCCCUUUGCUGUACAGUAACCAUUGCCAUCACAUGUAUCACAUGAUAUUAUGUGACAGUGAUCAAAAACCAAGGAUAUUUUGUAUGAAUAUAUUUGAAAAUUUGGAUAUUAAACAUUCCAUUCUUUUAAGGAUUGAAACAACACAAAAUGACGAUGAGAUGAAAAAAAAAAUAAGUAUAAUAGGUGAAAUCCAUCUUGAAAGGGAGGUCACCUUCUAGGAAAUUGAUGAGGACGAUGAGUCGGCUUUAUGUACAUAUUAAAUUUUUACACUAACAGAUUUGUGCUUUCAUUUGAAUUUGAGUUGCAGGAUUGUAUACAUUUCUAGUAACAAUUGUACUGUGCAUAGCAUUUUUACACAAAUAUCAGUGGCAAACAUUGAAUAGAUAGCCAAUUGUUAGAUUUGUUAAUACACUCUGUAUAUUCUAUUUUAUAUUUGUGCUUUUGCAAGUUUGCGCGCCGUCAAUACAUAAUGUACCAAUUUACAUUUGUUACAUGUGAUUGCUAUUUUUCUAAAAACACACAAGACAAUUACAAAGCAGCAAUGCAUUUCUUGACUUACGAUUAUAGGAAUUAGUGUUAUAAUUUUGAAAUUUGUAUAUACAGGUUUUAAUAGUCACAAAUAGUUCAACACUUCACAAAUUCAUAAAAUAACCAUGUAUUUACAAUUUGAAGUAUAUGUCAAAUCUUGGAAAAUUAGUGAACGUUUCAAAACCAUGCUCAUGGGAAUUCUAACAGAAUUCCCUUAUGGGAAUUCUUACAGCAUUCUAGCAUGAGAAUUCUUACAUCAUUCCUGUAUGGAAAUUCUGACAGCAUUCCCGUAUAGGAAUUCUUACAGCAUUCUUUUAUGGGAAUUCUUACAACAAUACCGUAUAUAUUUAUAUUGUUUCUUCUUUUCUUGUUGUCACCUAUCGUUGGAUGCCCCAAGUACUUGUUUACAUUGUUGCAUCAUAUUAGGUUGGACAUUUGACUGGUAAAUCUUAUUUUGUAUGUAGGUAAAAAGGCACAGAGAUUAGGCUUUAGAGACUUGAAAAACAAAUUUUAUAUUUAUAUGGCGGCUCUCUUAACUGAAAUUAUAAAUUAUUGGAGUUAUAGCGCCUGCCGUUUAAAUUUGUGGGAUCAUUGGUUUGGAACCAAUAAAAUCCAAACCAAUGUGCCAAUUUGUUUACUUCAAAAUAUUUCUAAUCUAAAUUUACUAGGUAAAAUAUCCCUCAGUUGCGUAGUGUCAACAGUACAUGUAGUUGGUGCUGACGAUGAUUGUCACUGUGGCUGUAAAAGACAAAAUGGCCUAUUGCCUGCUUAGUGUUUAUUCAGAUGUUAAAAUCUGGCUAUGCAUUAUUUCAAUUGUAUAUUUGUCAUAUAAUAAACAGGAUCAGAAUUUAUGAUAUAAGUACAUGUAAAAUAAGCAGAAUUGGUGUUCAAUGUAUUAAUUGAAAGUAGCCAAAUUUUUAAGUAUUGCUCGUACAUGCAGAUACAGAUAUAAGCUCGUACAUCCUACUAUAUCAUGGUAAGUGUAAAGCCAUUUUGGUAUUUUUGACGUUCUGUAUGUAUACACAUUCACAGCAUUUUAAUAUUAAUAUACAUUUUGUAUAUGUUAAAUUACCCUUCUGUGUAAAUAAAACUGCUUUGAACAUUUUCUGUAAAUAAAGACCAAAUGUUAGAUGUUAGUUAUUUAUUGUUAGAUGAUCGAUAUGUUAAAUCUAGGAGGCAAGAAUGAGGUGCUUUAACAUUUUGUUGAUUGUUGUAAAUGUAUUGCAAAAUGUUCAAAUUCUUUUUCAUUAUUGUAGAUGCCAUGUUACUAGAAAACAUUGUCUUCACAUAUGACUAACCAAAGUUGAAAAUCAAUUUUUUGUUAUAGCAUUACAAUUUUAUUCAAUUCACACUUUAAGGAAAUCACUUUCAGAAUUUCUGUUUUGUUUUUUAAGAAAACAAAUGUAUCUUUGAUGUUUUUGUCAGUAUGAAAAAACUUGAACCUUGACCAGAACCUAAAGAUAUUCAUUUGAAAAUUUGAAACACAUAUUACCAGUGAUAAUACCAGGCCCAUAACCCUAGCUUGAACACUGGUGUUAUGCCCCUUAGUUAAUUCAAAAGAAUAGAAGACAAAGAAACGAUGAUCAUUAGCAUCAGUUUGCAAUGUUCUCGAUUAAUUUUCUAACAUCAAUAGUUUGAUUUUUUUACAUUAUGUUCCACUCAAAUGACUUUCUGUUUAAUCAAAAUAAUGGUUUGCAAUUUUAAUGUCUUCAGUACAUAAAAUGUAUGUAUAUGCUGAUCUCUACAAAACAUAGUAAAUGAGUCCAUUUCCCUCUAUGACUUAUAUCAUUUAAUCAGGGUUCCCCCUGGCCAUCGCCAUUUGAGACAAUUUAUCAAAUUUGGCGCUUUUUAUGCGACAUUUUUUCAUCAUAAUUUCUUAAAUUGACGUAAGCAUGCGGCCUGCAUGAUAAUCAAUUCAGUCUGUCUUAUAUCAACAUGUAUAGCCUACAGGUGUGUAAUACAAUCUAAGGUUUUAAAAUGCUUAUAUCCCAGGAGCCUCAGAGGGGUCUUGCUCCCUUCUGAACCCCUACAAGGGUGCUGCCCAGGACCUGCAAUGGGGCUUUAGCGGGGCCCCCUUAACCCAUGCCAAAAAAUGGCGACAACUUUUCAAAACCCAGAAAUAACCUUGUUUAAUGUCCAUAUAUCUCGCAACAUUUUCAACAGAGAUGUUUUUUGAUAUUCAAAAUAUUUGAGCAAUACUUUCGUUAUAUGUUUGAGCUUACAUGUAUGCUUCCACAUAAGAAUAAUGAUUCUUAUAAUGUGCAAAGGAUAGUAUUAAUCCAUAGAACAUGAUUAACACAACUUAGCUAAUUAAAUAUAUGUUAUUCUCAUUGAAAUGAUCACAAAUUUUAACAAAGUUAACUAAUCUUUCUUUUCAUUUUCAUGUAAAGUUUUUGUGAACAUUUCGCUUAAUAGUUGCCACUUCAAGAUUGAUCAGUUGCUCAUAGAUACUAUUCUCAAAAUUGACUUUAUUUGUAAAAUGAUCAAGAACUGAUGUGUUGUUUUCUUACCCUUUUCCCUCUAUCAGAUCAUACUGAAAUUGUUGUUGUUAGCAAUAUGUACAAGAAAUAAAAUGGAUACAAAUCUA